AUGUUGAUCAAGUCAGUCUUUUGUCCCCGAGAGCCCCAAUUGCAUCAUCGAACGGCCAUCGCCAAUGUGACAGCACGGAUUUCGGCUAACAUAAUUCCCUGCUCUAGGGUCCGCACCCUCACCGGCAAGGAGAUCGAACUGGAUAUCGAGCCAGAUGACAAGGUACGCUCUAAGCUCCCAGCUACACCCUGUGUCCCGGAAACAUCUGUCAGAUCACCGCGACUUGCACUCAGGCGGCAUAAAUGA